AUGUAUGCGCUCAUGACUCUCACCAUUUCUACCUCACUUUCAGAAAAAUCAGAACUGACCAGAGUUGUUACUCUCUCCAGGCGUGUCAUCAUUCGUGAGGACCCUCAGGCGGUCUCGGUGUACAUUGCCGAGUACAUCGUCAGUCGCAUUAAGGCAUUCAAGCCAACCGAGACCCAGCCUUUUGUCCUGGGUCUGCCCACCGGUAGCAGCCCGGAGAUCAUCUACAAGAUCCUGGUCCAGCGCCACCGCGCCGGCGAGAUCUCAUUCAAGAAUGUUGUGACCUUCAACAUGGUAAUAUUCACCCCCAAGCACCUCACACCAACCCAAUCAAUCGCAUAUCCUAACACUCCUCUCCAGGAUGAAUACGUCGGUCUACCCCGCGACCACCCCGAAUCCUACCACAGCUUCAUGUACAAGCACUUCUUCUCGCACGUCGACAUCCCACCCCAAAACAUCAACAUCCUCGACGGCAACGCGCCCGACCUCGCCGCCGAAUGCGCCUCAUUCGACGCCCGCAUCGCCCGCUACGGCGGCAUCGAGCUCUUCCUCGGCGGCGUGGGACCCGACGGACACAUCGCCUUCAACGAGCCCGGUUCCUCACUGGCCAGUCGCACCCGCGUCAAGACCCUCGCCUACGACACCAUCAUCGCUAAUUCCCGCUUCUUCGACAACGACGUGAACAAAGUGCCGCGCAUGGCCAUGACCGUGGGUAUCCAGACGAUCAUGGACGCGCGCGAAGUUGUCAUCGUCGCGACGGGCGCACACAAGGCUUUUGCCGUGCAGAAGGGUCUUGAGGAUGGCGUGAACCACAUGUGGACUCUUUCCGCGCUGCAAUUGCACCCACACCCGCUGAUUGUCUGCGACAAGGAUGCCACUCUGGAAUUGAAGGUUAAGACCGUGCGCUACUUUGAGUCCAUUGAGCAGGCUGGAACGGAUGCGCGUACUCAGGGGCCCCCAUUGGUUUACCGGCCUCGUACAUACGUGCCUGCGCCGUUGCCAGUGAAGAAGGCCUCCGGCCUGACGACGCCCGACCGUACACCCGUCAAGGUUCCCAAAGACCUGCGCAUCAACACUGAGCUGCACCGCGCUAUGGAAGAGGAUGAGUUAACGCCUGACAGCAUGUCUUCGCGGAUGGUGGACUCGGCGAUUGGUGGGUUAGAUGGAGCUUUGAAGAAUGAUUUGAUCUUUGAUCGGAUGGGUGCUCGUAUGACGACUCUGUAA